GCGCCCCGCCCGGCCCGGCCUGCGGCGCCCGCUCCUCAGGCCGCGGCCUCGGCCCGAGUCCGGCCCGGAAGGCUCGAACCCGGCCCGCGCCCCUGCACCCCCGUCGGCCCGGCCCGUGGGGUCCCAACACCGCCCGGCAGGCCCAGGAGGCUGCCCCCGGCACCCAGCGCACAGGGACCGGGAAGCCGGACCCUGAGACGGGUCACCGAGGACAGUCCAACCAGGAUGGGUCAUCGAGGGUCCAACCCUGGCUUCAGGAUGUAGCACAGCUUCCAGGCCCCCAGGCACAGAAAAUGGAAAAGCAGCAGAGGACAGCGGGCAGGCGCACGAUUGACAAACCGGACUGUGGGAUGAUGCCAGCCCGGAGCAGCCAAACCGGAGCCACAGUCUGAGGCCCCUCAUGCAAAGGCGGACAGAGGGCAGUGGAGAAGCCAAAGAUGUUGACGAGAAAGAUCAAACUCUGGGACAUAAACGCCCACAUCACCUGCCGCCUGUGCAGUGGGUAUCUCAUCGACGCGACCACGGUGACCGAGUGUCUGCACACGUAUGGCUCCCAGCUCGUGCUGAACCUGGACUUUUGUCUUCUUUAAGCACCGUGUCGACUGCGGGUGCCAGUGUGACCCUGGGGCUCCGCGGCUGUGCGCUUAGCAUGAGGCUGUGCGCCCGCGUGGUCGGCCUGCGGAGCGCGGCCCUCGUGCUGAGGAGCCCAGGCCUCAGGAGCUGUGCCAAGGACGUCACCUGUGUCUGCCGGAGCUGCCUGGUCAAGUAUCUGGAGGAGAACAACACCUGCCCGACGUGUAGGAUCGUCAUCCACCAGAGCCACCCGCUGCAGUACAUCGGGCAUGACAGAACCAUGCAGGACAUUGUGUACAAGCUGGUUCCGGGCCUCCAGGAAGCGGAAAUGAGAAAACAGAGGGAAUUCUACCACAAAUUAGGCAUGGAAGUGCCUGGAGACAUCAAGGGGGAGACUUGCUCUGCAAAGCAACACUUAGAUUCCCAUCGGAAUGGUGAAACCAAAGCAGAUGACAGUUUGAGCAAAGAAACAGCAGAAGAGAAGCCAGAAGAGGACAAUGACUACCACAGGAGUGAUGAGCAGGUGAGCAUCUGUCUGGAAUGCAACAGCAGCAAACUGCGGGGCCUGAAACGGAAGUGGAUCCGCUGCUCCGCCCAGGCAACUGUCCUCCAUCUGAAGAAGUUCAUCGCCAAAAAACUUAACCUUUCAUCUUUCAACGAGCUGGACAUUUUAUGCAACGAGGAGAUUCUGGGUAAGGACCACACGCUCAAAUUUGUGGUUGUCACGAGGUGGAGAUUCAAGAAGGCGCCGCUCCUGCUGCACUACAGACCCAAGAUGGACUUGCUGUGAGCGGGCUGGCCACAGCAGGGACUUGGCCCCGGCGCCCGGGGUGCCCAUCACGCGCGUGGCCGGGCAGGACCACGACCGCGCUUUAGAACGUUGCCUCUGGGUGCCGUGUGGACCAGAUUUCUGAAUAGAGAGUAUUUAUAACUUUUGUAUGCGAGAGUUCACACUCAAGAAGACACUACCAGCGCCACGGUCACAAGAUGACGGACACUUCACAGUCUCCCUCCUUGCAAGCACCGUCUCUGCCACAGUCACAGGCUUGAGGACCAUACUGGUGACAUGCUUUACUCCGUCAGACAUGGCCUUUGCUUGCUUCCCAGGUCUUGAAAAUCUUGGUCAUUUCAGUUUAGUUUAUGAAUUAGUUCAUAAGCCUCAAAAAUACUUGUACGCUUAUUGAAUCCUUCCUAAGUUAUUGAAAAAAUAUCUUUUCAUGGUGAAUGAUAUUUAUGUUGCCCUUAGCUUCCUGAAGACUUAGAUUUAUAAAAAUUUAAUUUAAAAGCAUACCAAAAGAUGUUUCCAUUAAUAUUAUGAGUUAACCACAGUAUUUAAUUUUCCAUGUUAUGAAACAUACCAAGCUAACGGCUCCAGACUUCCCUUGGGCUACAUGCAGGCUUGGCCUCCCACGGCUGCUCCAUGUGGACGCACUUGGGGCCACGUGGCCCUGAGGGGAGGGGGCUGCAUCCCCGCUGCUUCCUGGAAAAUGGACAUGGUGAAGCCUGACACUCGCCAUCCCACACUCUCAGCAGGGCAGACCUGAUGCGGUUCGGCCAGCUUCACGCUGGUUCACAGUACAAUUCUUGUUUGUAAAAGUUACUUGAUUAAAUUUUAGGGCACAAAUUGUUCGGUGCCACAUUUAAUUUCCCACUGUUCUUUCCCACUUUCAUUUUGCUAAAAAGAGAUGGUGGCAUUUGUGUGGGGGCUUUUCCUGAGAGGCACCACCCAUCAGACGAGGGGCCUGCUGCCCUGUGGAUGCCCAAGCCCCUGGUCUGCCCAUGCGGCUUCCCGCCACACCCACCCUUACCAGGUGGAGCCAUCGGCUCCCCCCUCCUCUCCGCUUGCUUUGUGGCUGUCAGGGUUUUCCAAACUGGGUACCCCAGGGGACAGGGUGGGCGGGGGUGGAAACUGAGGGGGCCACCCUGUGUGGUGAGACCUCGCUUCUGUCACUUAAUGACGUGUCGCAGGCAGCGCACGCUCUGUGGACCCCCUUCUCGUCCCAAAUGUUAGUAUUUUUUUGUGAAAUUAGAGAAUAAACUCUGCCAGCAAUAAAUAUUUGUUCCUUUAAAAUAGUAACUUGGAAUGUGUAAGGGCCACAAUGGGAAGGAACCAUUUUCCAGAGAGGUUUGCGCUGCCGCUCCGUCUGCACGUCCGUGGGCUCCUUGGUGAGCUGUGGGCCCCCUUCCCUCUCCAGGGUCCCUGACGGUGGCCCCAAACAGCCCACCCCGGUGAUGAGACCGCCCCUUGAAUUGGCUCUGGGAGUUCGGGUUGGGCUCAGCCGCACUCCAUUUCGGGCUGCGCGUUCUGCUUCCCGUUUUGUGCACAUAAACGUCAGAAGCACCUACUAAUGAGACCCGGUCUUAAUGACAAGAAAAACACUCUUAACUCAAUCCAAGUGAUUUUAAUGUAAGGCCUUUUAAAAAAACAUAAACAAAAACAAAUUCUUUGUUAGGAGUUUUUCAUAAUUCGCCCAUUUCAGCCCAUUAACUCACAGUACUGUUUGAAUGACUCACUUACCUAAGCGUGCUAUUCGCCCAGAUCAUUAUUCAGAGUUCCUGUACGAGGGUUCAGCGAGUAGUCGUGUAUGAGUGAAUACUGCCUGUCUACCUCAAGUGCACAUCACUGCUGAAGCGUCCGUGUCACCACAGCGCAGGUCUAAGUGCGGCAUUGGAAUUCAGGUAUUUUCCUGUGUGAAAGCAAGGCAGGAUGGAACAGUAUGAGCACCCUAACUCAAGUAAAAUUGAUCACAGCUCACAUUAAACUGAACAUCGCUGUAAUAAACUCGUAAUAUAUAUUUGUAACUUUAUAGCUAUCUUUGAAACCACUUGAAUUUGCUACGGUGCUAAGUCGACAUACGUAACCAUGCAGAGGGAUGGAGGUGAGUCGAGCUGGCGUGAACAUCCCCAGCCGCUCACGGAUGCCUCGUGUGUGACCCGCUUCUGUAAUCAUGUUAACCUCAGCAGCAGAAGUACCUAUUUUUCUAAGAUUUCCUCACGCAGAUUGUCUUCACCACGGGACCCCGGGAGCCCCCGCUGCAGCCAUUCAGCCUCACCAGGCGGGGGCUUCGGCAGCCACUAUUCUUUUCUGUCACUUCUUCAUUUAACAUCAAAGGCUGAAUUUUAUUUUUCCAGCAUGAAAGCCAGGAUCAGCCAGUGAUUGGAUCCUAUUAAGUUGCUGUUCCUUUUAACAGAUGGAGUUACUGUGAAGUAGUUUUCACAACUAUUUUUGCUGGUAAAGCAGAGCUGUUCAGUCACCUUACUGCAUCUGCUCCAGCACUGGGCUUGCUACCCAGCACACGGUCUCACUAAGUACAGUCUUCGUGGAAAUGGAAAAUGCAGAGAGAAUAUAUAAUAUUGAAUUUAAGAUUUGGGGGGUUAAAAAAAGAAAACUUUAUAAAAUUAUUUAUUCUAUUUUAAGCCUUCUAGCAUAUUUUCCCAUCCAAUUGUUUGGUUUCGGUGGUCCAGCUUUAUUUACAGGCAUAUAAAAUGAAAUUGUGAGAUAUUUUGCAAGCUUCUUUUUAGUUCGAGUAGCUUUUAAUUUGUAUGUUUUUGUUUUAUAUGGAUGAAGAGCAUUUUUUUAUCCUUUUGUGCAAUAGGUUCCAACAUGCAUUUAUUAGACAUGUUUAAAUUGUGAUGUAGCAUCUAUUCUGCUAAAGUGAGAGGGAAUAUAGGUGGAAUUUCAAAACAUGUACAUUCAGCUAAUUGGUUUUUCCUUUUUCGUGGUUAUGAUUAAAGAAUGCUGUUGUUGGGAGCGCCUGUGCAUGUGCCUGUCAGCAAUAUUCACAAAUAAGGGACCGGGCAGGUGGCCGUGGGGUGUCCUGUGGCGCCAUCCUAGACCGGCCUCACGGCCGCCCGGAGCCUCCGGCACUCAGGCCCCGCGUGCUCGCACCCUGGAUGUACCACCCCUCCGCCAGCCACAGAUGUGCAGGGGCAGCUUCUCGGGGCCUCCGGAGCCCUCCGGGGCCUGCAGCCUUGAAUGCCUCUUCGUGGCAUUAGACUUUGGAAGUUGGUUUGAUGUUUUUUCUCAGAGUGCACAGGAUACCAUUUUACAGUAAUUUGAAAUGUGUCAUUCGAUUGAAUGCUCUAGGAAUGAGCCAGCUGAUUUCUACAUUGUACAUCAAUAUGUGACAUGCUCUCAAAACAUUAAAAUUAAAUUUAGUGCAGAUAACUAAAUCACAAAAAAUUCAGUUUCUCUAUUUCCUCAGGAAAUCAUUCACACUUCACCGUAUCACAUGUGACCUCAGUGUGAUAAACCAGUGUUUCUCUGCUUUGGUAUUUAAUCAAACUAAUAAUUAAGUUCGGAUAAAUAGAUUGGAAAACCAUCAUUCAAACUACACUGAGAGCCUUGCAGAGAUUUUCCCCUCCAGGCAGGGCGGAAGCUUCUGCUGGGGAACUGCCUGCCCUGCAUGGGCGUGUGCAGUUCACCGUGUCCAGGAGCACGUCUGAGGGUGGACUGCAGUUCGCGUGUCCCCGGAAGUGUGUGUAGCAUUAGUGUACAUGUCCGCUCCAACAACGUGAUCAGGUGGAAGGAGACCGUUUGUUCCCAGAUGGUGUAGGUGCAAGGCAAGAGCUCCCCGCUAAGCGUCAUCAUCACACGUGGCGACACGGACUCUGGCGGUUUGUGGAGAUGUCCUUGCAGAUACAUAUUUUUGACUGUUUAAUUUGAAAGUUUACAUUUUUUAUGCUUUGUGUUGGUGUGUAAUUUUUGUACUAUUGGUGGUUAGUUUUUGUCUAAAAUCUUUUUUGGAAUAUUGCUUAAUGUUUUGAUUUUAUGGUAGUGAAGCUUGUAUUCAGUGUUUUGCCAAUUAAUAUUAUAUGCUUGUAAUAAAAGCAAAAGAAAAACUUAACAGAA